UGUGAAUCUUUGGGAAUCGCACAAUUUAAUUCUUGGGUGUCCAGUUCGAUUCAGAAUUGAUUCUUGAUUCAAAACUAAUUCUCAAUUCAAUGAAAAAGGACAUUUAGACAAUUUAGACUUUUUAAAUCUGUUAACAAUUGAAAGAACAGUACUUUGUAAAGUACUUUGCAACUAAAAUAUUUACAGUGGAGCACAUUAUACACCACAGAUAGAUUCUAAUUGUGCAGGAAACACUGUGGUCCACAACGUUUUUAUUUUAAAAAGUAAACUGCAUUAAUUAUUUAAUAAAUUAAUCUGAAAUCAUCUUUCAGUCUGCUGCCCGUAUGAGAAAAAUAAAAUGAGGAGGAGGCGUAGUGCUCUGGAGAGCAGCCUCUCAGCUGCACUGUUAGCUCGGGGUAAAGACAUCGCUGUGAAAAUGCUGAGCGGGUGCAGCGCACCCACUGUUAACAUCCCUACUUAGCGGUCAGUUCCACCUGCCGAUCAGAGGUUAAGCUGAGGCCAUGGCAGUGAAGGACCGUGUAGAGGCAGUGCUCAACGUGGGUCUGCGUGUUCCCAGCAUCAUGCUGCUGGACGUCCUGUACCGCUGGGACGUCAGCUCCUUCUUCCAGAAGAUCCAGCGCUCCAGCCUCUCAAACAACCCCCUGUUCCAGUACAAAUACCUUGCACUCUACCUGCACUACGUAGGUUACAUCCUGAGCUUGGUGCUGCUGACCCUUCCUCGUCAGCACCUGGUUAAACUGUACUUAUAUGUCCUUACGGCCUUGCUGCUGUUUGCUGGUCAUCAAGUCUCAAGGGAUUAUGUCCGCAGUGAACUGGAAUCUGGCUAUGAAGGACCUGUCUACCUGGAACCCCUAUCCAUGAACAGAUUCACCACUGCACUCAUAGGUCAGCUGGUGGUGUGUACGCUAUGUUCUUGCGUGAUGCAGACCAAGAGGAUAUGGCUGUUCUCUGCUCAUCUCCUCCCUCUGGUGGCCAGACUGUGCCUGGUCCCAUUGGAGACCAUAGUCUUCAUCAAUAAGUUCUCCAUGAUCUUCACAGGCCUGGAAGUCAUUUACUUCCUAGCUUCUAACUUACUGGUACCAUAUAACCUGGCCAAGACUGCGUACAGGGAGCUGGCUCAGGUGGUGGAAGUGUACGGGCUACUAGCUUUGGGAAUGUCUCUGUGGAACCAGCUGGUCCUCCCAGUUCUCUUCAUGUGUUUCUGGCUGCUACUCUUCGCUCUGCAGAUCUACUCAUACUUCAGCACCAGAGAUCAGCCUACCUCAAGAGAGAGGCUCCUUUUCCUCUUUCUUACCAGUAUCGCAGAAUGUUGUAGUACACCAUACUCCCUCCUGGGUUUGGUUUUUACCGUCUCCUUCAUUGCAUUGGGAGUUCUCACACUCUGCAAGUUCUACCUGCAAGGCUACAGAGCCUUUAUGAACGACAACACCAUGCACAGAGGGAUGACAGAGGGCAUCACCCUGCUGAUCCUCGCUGUCCAGACUGGCCUCAUUGAGCUGCAGGUCAUCCACCGAGCCUUCCUCCUCUCCAUCAUCCUCUUCAUUGUUGUUGCCUCCAUCCUGCAGUCCAUGCUUGAGAUAGCAGACCCCAUAGUCUUGGCCCUGGGAGCAUCCAGAGACAAGAGUUUGUGGAAGCACUUCCGAGCAGUGUCUCUGUGUCUCUUCCUGCUGAUCUUUCCAGCUUACAUGGCCUACAUGAUCUGUCAGUUCUUCCACAUGGACUUCUGGCUUCUCAUAAUCAUCUCCUCCUCCAUCCUCACCUCACUGCAGGUCCUUGGCACUCUUUUAAUCUACAUUCUCUUCAUGGUGGAGGAGUUUCGUAAGGCUCCAGUCGAAAACAUGGAUGAAGUUAUUUACUGUGUCAAUGGUACUUACAGAUUGCUGGAGUUCCUGGUUGCGGUGUGUGUGGUGUGCUACGGCGUGUCAGAGACAGUGUUUGGUGAGUGGAGUGUGAUGGGCAGCACCAUCAUCCUAGUCCACUCGUACUAUAACGUCUGGCUCCGAGCCCAGCUGGGCUGGCAAAGCUUCCUGCUAAGGAGAGACGCGGUAAACAAGAUCAAAAGCCUCCCCACAGCAAGCAAAACACAGCUGGAGCAGUACAACGACAUCUGCGCUAUCUGCUACCAGGACAUGACCAAUGCUGUGAUCACUCCGUGCAGUCAUUUCUUCCACGCUGGCUGUCUGAAGAAAUGGCUUUACGUCCAGGAGACAUGCCCUCUUUGUCAUUCACAACUUAAAAGCCAAUCACCAGCGAACACUGUCCCCAACCAAGACACCCCUGCAGCCAAUCAGAGCCCUGCAGGCCAGGAAGAAACCACAGCCAACAAGGAGAAGGAAGGCACACUCUCAGAGGACAGGAAGAAGGAGGAAACGGGAACACAGGAGGGAGAUAAUGGACCUGCCAUUUCAGCUGGAGAAUCAUCUUCCUCCUGUACUCUGCAGAACCUUGUCAAAGCUCACUCAUCCUCAUCAUCUUCUUCUCUUCCUUCUCCACUUGUGACUGAUUCUCUGCAGAACCAGUCGCACCCAGACCCAACGUCUUCGUCUUCUUCCUCUGACACAUUGGACAUGCCCCCCUCUCCUCCAUCACCCUCCAUAUGUCAACAGUCAUCCUCACAGCUAUUGGUCCAGUCAGACAUGAUACCUGCAGAACCUGAACUUGAACCUGAGCCCGCCCCUCAGCUAAACCCAGACUCCUCACCAGACAGUGAGAGGUCAUCGACUGGUCCAUCAUCACAGCCUGACCAGCCCUCUCCAUCUUCAGAGGAACAGUCUCCUCCUCCAUGAGUUGAGCCCCAUUGUAACACGCACAACAUACAUGCAUGCACAUAUUAACACAGAGACUAAAUGCUCCAUUUGCCAAUUAUUUGCCUGUAUUCUACUUGUCCAGCAGUUUGCUCUCCCAUCAUGUCAGAAAUUCUGAGCGAGAAAAUCGAUAACAAUCUGAUAUUCAUCAAUCGGCAUUCAGAAAAUUGCUAAAUAUUGCCUUUUUCCAUGACAACAUUUAUGCCACUAAUGUUUUCAUUAGCAUAGGCAUAACCUUUUAAUUUAAAUUUUACAACCACAUAUGAUAUCCAGGAAUGUGAUAAACAAAAACGUAAAAGGGAUCACAGUAAUCUCGGGAAAUAAUCGGGAGUUCUACAUCAUCACCAAGAAAUGUGAAAUCCUGGAACAAACUGAAGCAUGGCCUCACUCAUUACUGCUGUUUCCUGGACACAUAAUGACAUUUCUAAAAUGAUGCUUAUGUCCGUCUCAUUUCAAUCCCAAACAUUUUAUGUGAUGGUUGCUCCCAUCCUGCCUUUGUUUGUGCAGCUUCACUGUCAUCGCUGUACAUUUCAUAGUGUUUGGGUUUUCUCUGUAGUCCUGUGUGUGCCAUGAUCUAAUGAGGAAUGGGUGGGGUGUUUAGGGAGCCUUGAUAGACUGUUGAUCAUUGAUGAUAGCUUUUUAAACAGUGACAAAGUCUUCACACUUCGUUACGUCUACAAAGAUCUCAAGCAGUUCUUGAUAAAAGUUCUUGUUUUUGCUUUUAGAUGACAGUAGUUAGGCGUAUCUGUGAGUCUAAGCAUGAACAGAGACCGAAUGUUGUUUCUCGAGGCCAUCACAUGACCUUAAGCCUGGCGCUAAGCAGAGGGUGCAUGAUGUGGUCGUAGGCGAGUGUUGCAGUGUGAACUAAUCAAUGGGUUCAUGUGGAAGCACUCCAUAUGUGAAGCUGUCUCUGUUACACUGCUUCAACAUCUGAAUCAGUGUUGUUUGGCUGGUCCCAGCAAAAACAGUUCCACUCCUCAUCGCCAAACUUUUGUAAUACUGUUAAAUAAAUGUUAUUUUUAAGGCCAUUUUUACAUUACUGCUUUGUUGAACAGCAUGCAGAUGGACUGAAAACAAGUGGUAGGAAGAGGGAGGGAGAAGGUGACAUGCAACAGAGGCCGUGGUUUGUAUUUUGAUCCUUCAGCGUUGUCAGAAUAUGGAGUGUAACAGAGCUGGCAAGGAGCUCAGUUGGCUUUACUUGAUUCAUGGUACUCAUCCCCGCUAAUCCUCCUGAGCUCAGCUGACUCACAGAUACAUUCAACCAGUUUGCCAUCGAUUUAUCCAGCGAUUGUUGAUGCUUUUCUAUGGCAGUAGCCAAUCACCCUGCUCCAUCCAACUCGUUUUUAAACCAGUCGCUGUCCUCCUGCUGCUCAGUCACUUCACUCCAUGAAAUGUUACUACCAGCAAAUUGAGCCAUUAUAUAGGAAAGCAUCCUUUUACUUUUUUUUUUUUUUUUUUACCCCCCAUGCAUGCUAGCACACACACACACAUAUAUAUAUAUUUAUAUAUAUAUAUACGCACACGUACCCAGAAGAUUGGGCAGAACGGGGAGAAAGAAGUGUGUUUGUGUGUGGGGAGAAGUCUGAGUGUUUGAAAGACUUCCAAACUUGAUAAUGCUGAUGCACGCUUAUAUGUAGAGCUUGCACGCUGUCACUGUUACCAUAGCAUCUAUUUGUUUGUCCCCAAUGUGCUCUAACCUUGCGACCAACUUUUUUUUUUUUUCUGCCAUUUUUAUUUUAUUUUUAUUUUUAUUUUUUAUUUUUUAUUUUUUGGGUUGCAUUUGCACUAAUGUCAUUUAUACUAGCAACGCUCCAAAGCUGUUCUGUGGCUGUUGGCAACCAAAUACCUUCUGAUGUGUUUGUGUACGAGGAAACAGCCCAAUCUGUUUGUGUGUAAUGUAUAUAAAUGUUGCUCUGUAUGGCAUCUAUAUUAAACCAGAGGAGUGUUGAUAUAUAAAUUAGAUCAGGGCUUGAUUUCUCCAAAGCUUCCUAGUGGUUUCGAUGUCCUUUUUGUUACUUUACAUGCCUGUGAACAAAGACAAAGUUUUGGCUAAGAAGCAUUUGGGGAAAACCGAGCCGUUUGAUCUGUGAGACCAGCCAGUGUUAAUGCUUCUCCGCUCUGUAUGACGCGUCCUCAAAGCUGGUGUGAUCACUCCGGUGCCCUCUACUGUUAGGAGUGGGAUCAGCAUGACGCAGAUGGACAGGAGACGUACUAGUUAACUCCCAACAGUAUUACUUACUACCACUAUUACUUAAGGUCUUAUUACGAUGAAUGACUUUAUUCUCGACAUUGGAAAGCGUUGGCCGCAGGGCUGAGAAUGAAUACAUGAUCAAUGUAGGAUCACACCUGGCCAACGCUGUUUAACUGUUUUUUUUGUUUUUGUUUUGUUUUUUUAAGAGAUGAAAUGUAGAGUUUGAUGUAUUUUGCACACGAUCUUCAGAAAGGUGAACAUAUAUUCUUAAACGACUUCUCAUUUUAUUAUAUUCUCCAUUCCAUAGACACAACAUGUUACAAAGAUUCAAUCAGCUUCAUGCACACAUUUGAUUUUCAUCGUGGAGCUCUUGAGUUUGUGUCAUUGAGAGAAAAAUCACAUGCUAAAUAAAAUACCUGAUGCCACCACAGGGUGAUGACAGUCACUUGAAACUUUAUGUUAAUUUGCAUUGCAGUAUUAAACAAUAAAUAACUGGCAGAGAAGCCCGUAAGCUAUUGAUUCCAGAUGUAUUUGCUCAGUUUAUACUCCAUGUUGGAGAAAUUGCAGUUGUUGCAGUCACUCCCCAGACUAUGAACUGUGACAUGUAUUUUCAUACUGUCUGGGACCGUUAAACAUCAAAUGUGUUAAGGUAUUUUAUGCUCAUAUAUUUAAUAUUUUGACUACGUAAAUGAUUAAUCUGAUAACAAAAGCAGGCUUAUGGACAUAUUUUCGAUAUUUAAAUGCAUUAUUUGCAUUUCAACUGUGGGAUUGACUUCAUGUAAAAUCAGUGAUGGCUAGGCUGUUUGUCUGUGAGCUAAUGUGACAACCAAAUGUAUAAACCCUCAUCGUUGCUCCUUUUGCCAUCAAUCCAUGCACUAUGCAUCUCAGUUAACAUCAGUUAUUUUUUUAAAUUAUUGCUCUUGAUCGACUUAUGGAUGAAUUAACACCACAGAAACAAGCCACUGUGCUCUUAGUAUAAUAUGUGAACAUUAUCUCAUACAUUAUAUUUUAUAUUUUGAAUUGAUGGAAAAACGAGGAGUAAUAUGAAAACGUAUGGCCCGUAUGUUAGCUGUCCUUGAAGUCAUUCCCCCAUCUGAAAUCCAGAUGUUACAGUAUAAGACACUCCUUUCUGAGACUUAAUUUAUAGUGACACAUUGCAAAAUCACGACUGUAUAACGUUGAAAAUAUAAGCAAAUGGAAUCUAUAGCUGACACAGCGCACUCAGGCCACAUUUAUUGUCUGAAUGCAUUUUGUAAAAGAACAGUUACCACUGCUGUCCAAAACUGUUGCCUCUGACAUGACAGAUGUGUUGAGAUUUACCUCAGAAAGCCUGAUCAUUUUGUUUCUUUUAUCAAUUUUUCUCUUUUGUCUUAUUAGUUUUUUCCCCCCCGCACACACAAAGUUAGGACCUGAUAUGUAAAAACCUGACUCUAAAUGCCAGUUGUGUUCUGUUAAAAUGCUCCACGGUUUUUUGGACUUUACGCCUGGCAUUGCCUUGGUUAUUUUACAAGAAUUGAAUGUCAGAAAUAAAAUGAACCAUCCACUCUGGA